AGCCCAUCUUUGCUCUUCCUGACUAAUCCAUCACAGGUUCCUAAACAUCUGAGAGACCUUGGCUGGUUUCCACUGCAGACCGAACAAUGGACAGAACGGCACCAAGCCGCUCAGGAUGUCCUGCCAUCUACCAAAAGAAAACCACAAAAACUAACUUUGGGACAGUGACCAGAGUCACUGUUGGUAGAAAACAAUUGAACAAACCAAAUAAAACCAUUUUACUUGUUGGCGAAAAAGGAGCAGGAAAGUCUGCUCUGAUCAACACUCUGUUCAACUACGUCAUGGGAGUAAGAUGGAAGGACGAGGUCUGGUAUCGGAUCAUAGAAGAUGGAGGUCAAAGUUCAACAUCAGAUGUGAUCAUGUAUCAGAUCUUUGAUUCUGAGACUAAAACUCUGCCCUACUCUCUCACCGUCAUCGACACGCCUGGUUACAGAGACACAGAUGGACUUCGACACGACGUCAUCAUCAAUCAAAGAUUGUUUGACUUGUUUCGGUUAGAAGACGGGACCCAUGAGGUUCAUGCGGUUGGUGUGGUGAUGAAAGCAACGGAAACAAAAAUGAGUGACCAACUGUCAUACGUGUCUGAUUCGGUGAUGUCUCUGUUUGGAAAAAGCUUGGAGAAAAACACAGUGGCUCUCAUUACUCACUCAGGCAGAGCAACACCUAGCAUUUCUGUCAACGGUCUUCAGGAUGGAGGAAGUCAAUGUCCUUACUUCAUAUUCAAUAACCGUCAGCAUGAGGCCCGAACACAGAAAACUAGGACAGAUCUGGAGGAAGCAUGGAGCCUGACAGAGAGGGGAAUGAGUGAAUUCACAGAUUUUCUUCAAACGGUCUCAGCUCAGCAGCUGCAGGUAACAGUCAGCUUUAACUCAUUCAUCAGACUGACAGCCUCCAUCCAGAACCAGCAGGAGAAAAUCAAACUAACUGAACUGAAACAGAAAGAAAUCAGGCAGAUUCAAGAAGCUAUGAAGAAACACAAAGAAGAGAUGAGGUUUAAGAAGUUAAUUGUGGAGGUAGAUGAAGCCUACAAAGAUAAAGAACUUAUUGAAGGUGAGACGUCUUUCCUUAAAGCAGCUGUCCGCUGCACCGUCUGUGAGGAGAACUGCCACUUUCCUGGAUGUACGACGGCCCUGCGCCCUGAAGAGUGUGAGGUCAUGAAAUUAGCAUCCUGCACUGUUUGCACUGGGAGAUGUCCUGCAUCAAAACACGUCAAAGACAACUGGAGGUAUGUGACCAAGACGAGAAAAGUUGAGAGAACCAAGGAGGAAUUAAAACAAAGAUAUUGCAAGAGUAAUUCAGACACAAAGGAGACAAACCUUACAGAAGCUCUAGUGAAGGAAAUGAAAAACCUGAACAGAAAGAAGGGAACUUGGAUAGAAAAGUCUUAUCAAUGUGCCAUCAAAUUGGAUCCAGCUCUCCUCAAAGUGAAUUCAGUUUCCACAUACAUCAAUUUGGACUUCCUGAUCAAGAAGAUGAAGGAUGGAGGAGACACAGAGAAGGUCCAUAAACUAGAAAUGAUAGACAGCCAAAUGGAUGGAGGAGCCAAAUCAGUCAUUGGAUGCAGCGUUGACAACACAUCCAUACAACAUAUAAUCUCCAACAGUGAUGUCAUCAGCCCAGGACCUCCGGUUGUCUACCAGCUCAGAACAAGAAAAGAGACUGUUGAGACCCUGACCAGAGUGACCUUUGGUAAGAAAAACCAGAGCAAGCCAAACAAAACCAUCCUGCUUGUUGGUGAAACAGGAGCAGGGAAGUCCACUCUGAUCAACGCUCUGGUCAACUACGCCAUGGGAGUGACGUUAGAAGACAAAGCCUGGUUUCAGAUCGUAGAAGACGAGAAUAGGAGUCAGACAGAAAGCCAGACGUCAGACGUGAUCGUCUAUCAGAUCUUUGGUUUUGAAGGUAAAACUCUGCCGUUCUCUCUGACCGUCAUCGAUACGCCUGGAUAUGGAGACACCAGAGGGAUCGAAUACGAUGUCAUUAUUAGUGAAAGAUUGUUUCAGUUGUUUCAAUCAAAAAGCGGUAUUCACGAACUUCAUGCGGUGGGUCUGGUGGUGAAGUCGGGCGUGAAUCGUCUGAGUGACCGACUGAAGUACAUCUUUGACUCAGUGAUGUCUCAGUUUGGAAAAGACAUCGAGGAAAAAAUUGUAGCUCUGGUCACUCACUCCAAUGGAAGAAAACCAAAGGACUUGCUUGGGGCUCUCAAAGCUGCCAAGAUCAAAUGUGCCAAAGAUGAGAAGGACCAACCCGUUUACUUCCUUUUCAAUAACUGCCGACACGAAGAGCGGACAGAGGGAACAGAGUUUCUUGAAAGUGCUGACAAAAUAGCAAUGAGAGGACUGAGUGGCUUCACUGCCUUUCUGGAAGAAACUGCACCUCGAAAACUAGACAUGACUUUGGAUGUUCUCAAUGAACGGAUCAGACUGUCUGCCUGCAUCCAAAACCUGCAGGAACGAAUCCGUCUGUCUGAGCUGAAAGAGGCAGAAAUCACACAGAUUAAAGAAGCUCUGGAGAACCACGAAGAAAAGAAGGAGAAGAACAAGAAGUUUGCUGUAGAAGUUCAUGAAGCAUACAAAGAAAAGGAAGCCAUUGAAGGAGAGAUGUGGUUGAUGACUUUGAUUAAAGGAGCAGUCUGCUGUACCGUCUGUGAGGAGAACUGCCACUAUUCUGGCUGUACUAAACUCCCCAAAGACUGCGAGGUGAUGAAAGAUGGCCGCUGCACCGUUUGCUCCUCAAAAUGUCCCGUAGCUACUCACGUGAAAGGAAAGUGGAGAUAUGUGACAAGAACAAGGAAAGUUCAGAGGAACAUGGAAGACAUAGGGAAAAGAUCAAAAGUACAAAGACGUUUGAGCUUUUUGGAAAGUUUUAAGGGUGAGAUCAGAGACCUGAAAGCAGAGAAAUCUAAUUUGCUUGAAGAGUGCUUCCAACAUGUUGUCAAUCUGGAGCAGAUUGCUCUCAAAGUUAAUUCUGUGUCCACAUUUGUCCACUUGGACUUCUUGAUUGAUAAGAUGAAAGAAAAUGGAGAGACAAGGAAGGCCCAAAGGCUAGAGGAAAUCAAGAGAAAGGGAGAUGAAGGAAUUAUGUCCAUAUUGAAGUACAUGUGGGGGAAAAUGAAAAUAAAGUGAAAUAAGAGCCAAGCAGCCAUCUGGGAACAUCUGACUGUGAUUUGAUUAUAUCUGUAUUAUAUUUUUCAAGUCUCUGGAUAAAAUGAGCAACAAUAUGGAGACUGUCUGAUACAGAAAAACCUUCAUUAGGCCAUUUCUAAUAAGUUGUUAAGGGUUUAUGGUUGUAAACCGAUCCACUUCAA